AUGCCUCCAAGGAAAUCGAAAAAAGAAGCUUCCCGGCUGAAAUCCGAAGCGGCAAGAACGCCGUCUGCUGGUGAUGGGCUUGACGAUGAUGAUAACUUCGUGGCCCAUGCUGGAAAUAGUGAAAGAAGACCAGAUCAGUAUGACGAAGAAGAAGAAGAAGACGACGAUGAGGAUGAUGCUAUGGGAUUAGGAGUUACAAGUGCAAGAGCUGGUGCCAAUGGCAUGGCAGGUCUGUCAGUUGGAGGAGAAAACGGAGCCAUAAAUGGAGUCAUGGCAGCAGAUCUGGAACGAGAGAAAAUGAAUCUAUUGCUAGCCAACUUCAACGAAGACCAAAUGUCUCGUUACGAAGCGUUCCGUCGAGCAAACAUCAACCGAAACGGCGUCAAAAAGCUGGCCAAUGCCAUUCUCAACCAGUCCAUUACCCCCAAUGUAGCCGUGGCCCUUUCUGGUAUGUCCAAAGUGUUUGUUGGCGAAGUAGUCGAACGAGCCCGCGACAUCCAGCUCCGAAUGAACCCACCCCAAUCAUUCGAAGAGUACGAAAACCGCGGUGCCGUUCCCCUGAAACCAGAGCACCUCCGUGAAGCGUGGCGAAUGAUGAAACUCGAGGCCGGCACCGUCCCCAACGCGCACUGGCGCCGCCAGGGCAACGCCGACGGCAUGUUCUUCCGAUAG